CAGCAAUAGAGCGCUGAAGCCUGAGAAUUCACUACUACCAAUUACAUCUUCUAAGUGCGCACGAUCUCUGCAAGUGACAAACCUCCGUGGAGUGCUAUAGACAGCACUAUCAUCGACCUUUUAUACAGUCUUUAUACCUGCUACCCAAAUUAUGCCUCCAAAGAAGCAGAACGUACCUUCGGGUUCGAAGGUCAAGGAUGACAAGACCUUUGGUAUGAAGAAUAAAAAUAAAUCUGCCAAGGUCCAGAAGCAGGUGCAGAUUCUGCAGCAGCAGCAAGCUAUGACUGGAAAGUCUAGAGAAGCAAUUGCAAAGGAGAAAGAGAAGGAACUGCGUGAGAAAGCGAAACUCGAGGAGGAGAAGCGCAGGAAAGAGGAAGCUGCUAUGUUCAAGCCUGUUCAGACGCAGAAGGUACCUUUCGGAGUCGAUCCCAAAACGGUGCUUUGCGCUUUCUACAAAGCCGGAAACUGUGAGAAGGGCAACAAGUGCAAAUUCAGCCAUGACCUCAAUGUUGGCCGCAAGGUUGAGAAGAAGAAUCUGUAUGAAGAUAGCAGGGAAGACAAGACGAAAGAUACUAUGGAGAACUGGGACGAAGAGAAACUACGGAAUGUAGUCCUAUCAAAGCACGGAAAUCCUAGAACAACAACAGACAUCGUGUGCAAAUUUUUUAUCGAAGCCAUCGAGACUCAAAAGUUUGGAUGGUUCUGGGAAUGUCCCAAUGGAAACGAAAAGUGCCAGUAUAGGCAUGCCUUACCUCCUGGGUUUGUACUUAGAUCGGAGCGCAAGGCCGCUGAGGAGGCAGCGAAAGCCAACGUCAUCAGUCUGGAAGACUUCCUUGAAAUUCAGCGUCACAAACUAGGGUCAAAUUUAACUCCAGUCACUCCAGAGACUUUCGCAAUAUGGAAGAAAACUAGGAUGGACAAGAAAGAAGCCGAGACAGAAGCAUCACGGAAAGCAAAAGAAACGCAACAUGCAGCUGGAAAGAACUCGGGCAUGAGUGGGCGAGAUCUGUUCCAAUACAAUCCAGAAUGGUUCGAAGACGACGAAGACGAAGCCGAAGACUGGGAUCUAUCGGUAUACCGUCGGGAGCAAGGCGACUCGGAAGACGUUACAAGAGUUGAAGAAGACAUUCAAAAUAUCAGGAUAUACGAUGAUGAUGCAAAUGGCGAUUCUGAAGGGCCAUUGUCAUCGGAUGGCACGUAGGAUCUUUUAUUGUGUACUUUGCUUCAGGAAGACGUGCAUUCACCCUUGUCACUUGAAUAUCAUUUUCGAGCCCAAUAUUUACACUCACGG